CCACUGGAUAAACAUUUGAUCAAGAAAGUUAACAAAAAGUUCAUUUCUUUCCUACUAAAUUUUUAGUCUUAGCACUCUUUUGCAAACCUAAUUAAACUCCGUUCUUUGUCAUUUUCUCCACUUCAUCACCACCAAAAAGACGACCAUGAUCUCUGUGAUCCACUGAACUGCUGUUUCUUCAACUGGGUCUUGCUUAAAAGCUCCAUAAUGCAGACCAAAGUGUUGUUCCUUGCGUUUCUAUACUUGGGUAUAAUUGGAGUUUCAUGGGUAGAAUCUAAGUUCAUGGUUUAUAACACUUCACAAGGUGUAGUUCCUGACAAACUUAAUGUUCACUUGGUUGCUCAUACUCAUGAUGAUGUUGGUUGGUUGAAGACCGUUGACCAGUACUAUGUUGGCUCUAACAAUUCUAUCCAAGUUGCCUGUGUUCAAAAUGUACUGGAUUCUCUUAUUCCUGCUCUGUUGGCUGAUAAGAAUCGAAAAUUCAUUUAUGUUGAACAGGCAUUUUUCCAACGAUGGUGGAGAAAUCAGAGAGAGGCUAUGCAGCAAGUGGUCAAGCAACUUGUGAGCUCGGGUCAACUAGAAUUUAUAAAUGGGGGCAUGUGCAUGCAUGAUGAGGCAGUGGUGCAUUAUAUAGACAUGAUUGACCAGACAACUUUAGGGCAUCGAUUUAUCAAAAAAGAAUUUGGGGUGACUCCAAGGAUUGGUUGGCAAAUAGACCCUUUUGGACAUUCUGCAGUGCAGGCUUACUUGUUGGGAGCUGAAGUUGGAUUUGACUCGUUUUACUUUGGGCGAAUAGAUUACCAAGAUAGGGCUAAGCGUAAAAACGAAAAGAGUCUUGAAGUUGUUUGGCAAGGUUCUAAGAGCCUUGGUUCAUCUGCACAGAUAUUUGCUGGUGCAUUCCCAGAGAACUAUGAGCCUCCACCUGGUGGCUUUUACUUUGAAGUCAAUGAUCCAGGCCCUCCUGUUCAAGAUGACUUUGAUUUGUUUGAUUACAAUGUCCAAGAACGAGUCAAUGACUUUGUGGCUGCUGCACUAUCACAGGCUAAUAUAACUAGAACAAAUCAUAUAAUGUGGACCAUGGGAACAGAUUUUAAGUACCAGUAUGCAGAAACAUGGUUUAGACAAAUGGACAAGCUGAUCCAUUAUGUUAACAUGGAUGGGCGUGUUAAUGCUCUCUAUUCUACCCCAUCCAUAUACACUGAUGCAAAGCACGCCACAAAUGUGUCCUGGCCAGCAAAGACUGAUGACUUUUUCCCUUAUGCAGAUCGUGCAAAUGCUUACUGGACAGGAUACUUUACAAGUAGGCCAGCCUUGAAACACUAUGUUAGGAUGAUGAGCGGCUACUACUUGGCGGUAAGGCAACUAGAAUUUUUCAAAGGGAGAAGUAAUACAGGGCCAAAUACCGACUCAUUGGCAGAUGCUAUGGCAAUUGCACAGCAUCAUGAUGCAGUUACUGGUACAGAAAAGCAACAUGUGGCUAACGAUUAUGCCAAACGACUGUCGAUAGGAUACACAGAGGCGGAAAAAGUGUUUGCAUCUUCACUUGCUUGCUUAGCUGAGUCUACAUCACAUAAUGGAUGUGAUAGUCCAACCACAAAAUUUCAACAGUGCCCACUUCUGAAUAUAAGUUAUUGUCCUGCAUCAGAAAUGAAUCACUCUCAAGGUAAAAAGUUGAUUGUUGUGGUCUACAAUUCGCUAGGAUGGCGGAGAGAUGAUAUUAUUCGAAUUCCUGUUACCAGUGACACUGUCAUUGUGCAUGAUUCUGCGGGAAAAGAAAUAGAGUCACAACUUCUUCCUCUAUCAGAUGCUUAUGUAUCUCUAAGGAGUUUCUAUGUUCAUGCAUACUUGGGUAGACCGCCAACUGAUACACCAAAGUAUCAUCUUGCAUUUGCGGUCUCUGUUCCACCUUUUGGUUUCAGCACUUACACCGUUACUGGUGCCAAAAGCACAGAUGCUUCAGCAAUCAAAUCAGCCAUACACACAUUUCAAAGAAACAUGCAAUCUACUGUAGAAGUUGGUCAAGGACAUUUGAAGCUUGCAUUUUCUGCAGAUAAAACCAAACAAACUACUUAUAUUAAUAGCAGAAGCUCAGUUGAGGAAUCAGUUGAGCAAUCAUUCAGUUUUUAUUCUGCAUAUAAUGGAACUGGAAAUGCUAAAGAUCCACAGAAUGCUGGAGCAUAUAUUUUCCGUCCAAACGGGACAUUUCCCAUUAAGCCUCAAAAACAGCUUCCUUCGACAGUUAUGCGUGGACCUAUAGUAGAUGAAGUGCAUCAACAAAUCAAUCAAUGGAUUCAUCAGAUCACCAGAUUAUACAAGGGAAAAGAGCAUGUUGAAGUUGAAUUUAUUGUUGGGCCUAUUCCCAUUGAUGAUGGAAUUGGCAAAGAAAUUGCAACACAAAUUACAACUACUUUGGAUACCAAAAGAACAUUCUACACAGAUUCUAGUGGCCGCGAUUUUAUCAAAAGAAUUCGUGAUUAUAGAGCAGAUUGGGAUCUGGAAGUAAAUCAACCUGCUGCUGGAAAUUACUAUCCUAUUAAUCUUGGAAUAUACACUCAAGACGAUGAAAAAGAAUUUUCAGUUCUGGUGGAUCGACCUCUAGGAGGAUCCAGCUUAGUAGAUGGACAAAUAGAGCUGAUGCUCCAUCGGAGAUUGCUACUAGACGAUUCUAGGGGUGUUGCAGAAAAUUUGAAUGAGACAGUUUGUGUUCUUGAUCAAUGUGCAGGAUUGACGAUUCAAGGAAAAUAUUAUUACAGAAUUGAUCCUUUAGGAGAAGGUGCCAAGUGGCGCCGUACUUUUGGCCAGGAGAUUUAUUCUCCUCUCUUGCUGGCCUUUGCUGAAGAGGAUGGCAAUAACUGGAUGAAUUCGCAUAUAACCACUUUUUCGGGCAUUGAUUCCUCCUACAGUUUACCUGAUAAUGUUGCCGUUUUAACUCUCCAGGAGCUUGAAGAUGGAAAAGUUCUCCUUCGGCUAGCACAUUUAUAUGAGGUUGGUGAGGACAAGGAUCUUUCAGUAAUGACAAGUGUAGAACUGAAGAAACUGUUCCCUAGCAAGAAGAUUACAAAAUUGUCGGAAACGAGCUUGUCGGCCAAUCAAGAGAGGAAAGAAAUGGAAAAGAAGAGACUUGUCUGGAAAGUCGAAGGUUCUGCCGCAAGACAAGAAUCCGUAGCAAGGGGCGGACCUGUGGAUCCUGCUAAACUAGUGGUACAACUUGCCCCAAUGGAAAUUCGCACAUUUGUAAUCGAUUUCCGUCGUCCUUCCCAUUUCCGUCGUGUAUUUGAUGUCAAGUAAAAUUCUCCCGAAGGAAAUUCUUGCUAGUUCCGGCAUCAUAGAUUGUGCUUUUGAGAUAGCAAUCUGUUCUUUGUUGUGAGCAUGUAUCAUGGUUCUUGUGGGUGGGUGUAAAUGUAAUGUAAUAAGUAAUAGCUUCGUACUUUCUGUUUUAAAGGAAUGCAGCUGAGAAAUAAAAAGCCUACUGAGUUCUGUUUUUCA